AAAAAUCGCCUUGCAGGCCGUUACCGAGUAAAGAUGGCGGCGAACGGCGGUGUACGACUCUUGUUUCUCGGAAUUCUUUGUAUUUUUCUUCUGGAACUAUGCAACGGCGCUGCGACGGACAUCGAGUUGGACGCAAAAGCACAGCUCUUGCAUCGGCUGGACAGUCUCAACCUUUUGCUUUACACUUUCCUAUUAAUCUUAACCGUUUUAACGAUAUGGAUGUUCAAGCACCGCCGUUUGAGGUUCCUCCAUGAGACUGGCCUAGCUGUCAUCUAUGGCUUGAUCAUAGGAGCGAUAAUACGAUAUGGCUUCACAACAAGUAGUACUAUUCUCCAUAUGCCAGUAGUUCCAGAUAACAGCAGCAAGUAUAAUCAGUCCGUCCCACCGGAUACAUUAUGGUUACGUUUCCCAGAGGAUAAGGGUGGUGGCAUUGUAAAAAACAAAACAUUUGCAUAUUCUUUUCGUGGUGAAAUUUAUAAGGAAGAUAACGAGAUUGAUUUGAAGGCAACAUUUGAUCCUGAAAUAUUCUUCAAUAUUAUAUUGCCUCCUAUCAUUUUCCAUGCAGGAUACAGUUUAAAACGUAAAUACUUUUUUCGAAAUCUGGGUGCUAUUCUUAUGUAUGCUUUAAUAGGAACUUCUAUAUCAGCCUUUGUUAUAGGAGCUUUGAUGUACGCCUUCAUACAAUUGAUACCGCAUCUCUCCACGUCGUUCACGUUCCUGGACACUCUAUACUUCGGCGCUCUGAUAUCUCCCACGGAUCCUUUGACAAUAAUAUCCAUAUUUAACGACUUACACGUAGAUGUUAACCUGUAUGCCUUGGUGUUUGGUGAGAGCGUGUUGAACGAUGCGGUUGCCCUUGUACUUAGCGGUUCGAUACAAAACUAUGCAGAGCGAUACCAGUCAGGGUCGGGCGGUUUCGAGACGGUGGCGUUCUUCCAAGCGUUCGGAGAUUUCGUAGGAAUAUUUAGUCUGUCACUUUUCAUUGGUGCCACCAUGGGCUGCAUCACAGCGUUGUUAACAAAGUUCACCAGGGUACGGGAUUUCCCUCUCUUAGAAUCGGCGUUGUUCGUCUUAAUGUCCUACAGUACAUUUUUAAUUGCUGAAGCUUCUGACCUUACAGGCGUGGUCGCUGUUCUAUUUUGCGGAAUAUGCCAGGCUCAUUACACUUAUAACAAUCUAAGUCUGGAUUCACGUCAACGCACGAAGCAGUUGUUUGAGUUAUUGAACUUUUUAGCCGAGAAUUUCAUAUUCAGUUAUAUCGGAGUGUCGAUGUUCACCUUCCCGAAGCAUCACUUUGAUCCUGGUUUCAUCUUUGCAGGAUUUCUAUGCGCGUUAUUAGGUCGCGCGGCUAACGUUUACCCGUUGUCUUUCAUUCUGAACCUGGCGCGAAAGCCGAAGAUAUCGCUGAACUAUCAGCACAUGCUGUUCUUCGCGGGAUUACGCGGUGCUAUGAGUUUUGCCCUCGCCAUCAGGAACACCGUGUCCGACGCCAGACAAGCUAUGUUAACCACGACAAGCUUAAUUGUGAUAUUGACAGUUAUUUUGCAAGGCGGCGCAACAACGCAAUUCUUAAGCUGGUUCAAUAUUCCCGUCGGAGUAGACGAGGAAAUUGAAGGUCUCUCUCAUAAUGGAACGCGUAGUUAUAAUUCUAUGCAGGAUGGAUCGUUGCCAGGCGGCGGCGGGAGCGGAAGCGGUGGUAGUGGCAGCGGCGGCGGCGGCGGCGGCAGCGCUGGCGGUGGCGGCGGUGGUGGUGGUGGUAGCAGCAGUGUCGGCGGCGGUGGCGGAAGCGGCGGUAUGAAACCCAACGAGAAAGCGUUGCUCGCCAGAAUUUGGGGCGAUUUCGAUACAAAAUACAUGAAGCCUCUGCUGACGCACUCUAGGCCUACGUUGUUAGAAACGUUGCCGGUCUGUUGUAGUCCACUCGCGAGAAUACUGACGACGACGCAACAAAUGACACAGGAUGACGUCGCGAGAAAAGUUGAUUCCGACUCCGACUUCUGUCUGGAAGAUCGCGAAAUGGAGCGACGGAGGACCAGUGUUCAGCCGCUGGGGACUGUGAUGGGAGAAGUUAGUCCGGGACCACUACCGCUGCACACACGAGUCGCCCUGCCAGGUCUGGUCGGCAGACACUUGUAAAAUUCUGUCCUAUAGCCGUGCUGCUCACAUUUCGUUUUACUUCGUUCACUCACCCUUGUACGACUCGCGCACAGUGGUUCAACUUGACUACACUUUGGAAUGCGGCCAAUGAAUGCUUCUUUUAUAACGUAAUUUGUCUUCAAUUAUUAAGGCGAAAAUAUCGAUAUCCGUGAGCCGUUUAGAGAGAAAGAAAAAAAUAUAAUGUACGAGAUACGAGGUCUGUCCCAAAAAUAUCCGACCUUUGGCCAUAUCGUGAGAAAAAAAUUACUCCGGAGUAAUAUAAAUGACGUCGCCUUUGGAAGCGCUGACCUUCUUCCAGCGGUCUACCCACUUCCGGAAGCGGUCCUGGAAGUUGUCUUUUUUGUGACAGCCACUAGCUGCCUCGUCGCAUUUCGUUUUAUUUCCUCGACAUUGUUAAAUCUUUUGCCUUUCAACGGAGCUUUUGCCUUUAAACUUGGGAAAUUACCAGAAGUUACAUGGGGCUAUACCUGGACUGUACGGGGGUUGGCGCAGUUGGACAAUGCCGUGUGUGCUUUUGUUUCAUCGCCAAUAAUAUAACUCUUUUGAGCAACUCUGGAUUUCUUUUUGGAUAGAUUCCAGAAUGUCUUCGACAACUUCAACUCGAAAAUCCUUUUGGUCUUUCGUGAGCACUCGUGGAACGAAUUUUGCAAUGCACGCGGCUCUUCCCCAGAUCUUCAGUCAAAAUUCGAGAAACGAUAAAUUUUGGGAUCCAAGGAGAUCCUCUUCUAAUUCUCGCACGGUCAAACGAUGAUUUUCGUUGAUUGUGACUCGCAUUCCACGUUUUCCGCUCUCUGAACCGCCUAAACCACUCUUAUUUGCGUAUCACUCAUAGAGUCAUCACCAUAAACUUUGCGGAUUAUGCCAAUUAUGUGGGCAAAUUUGUAGCAAAAUUUAAUGCAUAAUAUUCUCUACUCGACUCGCUCGGUUAUUAUGAAACGCGACGCUCGAAAUUCUCGCCGCUCAUUGCGCAACUGCGUACUGUUGCCGGCUGAACAAGUGUUGGGUCGUGCAACUAGAUAGGGAUGUUCCUUAGAAUCUUCUUUAAACGCUGAAUGGCUGUUGUCUGCAAUAGGAUGCCCAGGAAUAAAAAUAUACGCAGAGGUCGGAUAUUUUUGGGACAGUCUUCGUACAUGCAUUAAUUAUAAAGAUCACGGCAAAGUACUAACAUUGUCAUAUCCAACAGAUCUUGAGCAUGAGCCACUGUAAGCGAUUAUGUACGCGACUUAUAAAUGUACUGGUCACAAUAAGUUCACAGUGAGUUCUGUAAAAAAAAAAAGAAACGUCGCUGGAGUUAUACAUCAGCCGUUGAACUUAAGGAGCUAGUCGUAUUUCCUACCAUGUAGCAAUUCUCGAUGCUAAAUCGAAUGCUAAAUUGGAAAGUGUGGAACGCAUUCUAAUAUAAAUAUAUAUAUAUAUAUAUAUAUAUAUAUAUAUAACUUAUUAGUAUCUUGACAGAAAAAGGGCUAAUCUUCAUUUAUUUUUCAGCUGCAGAAGUUUAUGAGAAACAAUUUAAACUUUUCAAAAUGACACGUUGAAUAGAUUGAACAACUAUUGUUUUAGAUUAUUCUAGAUAUUCGAGUUUAUGUAAAUUUCAGUUUUCCAUUAUUAUUUUUUUUUGACACUAUCCAUAUAAUUUUAACUAUAAAGAAUAAAUAGAGAUGCAUGAACGAUACACUAGAAACUGGUACACAGCAGAUACAACUGAGAAUAAAUUGCUUUUAUUUUCGCAUAUACCCCCUUCAAUAAGACCUUCACGGUUAAAAAUUAGACAGACAGAUAUUAGCCACCUUUUCUCGCAAGUACAGAUAUGUUACAUUAUAUUUAUUGGUUUUGCUAGGUUUGUAAGUAGAUUAACUUUUUUAAUGACCACUGUAUAGUAUUAUGUUAUCAGGCGGUUUAAUUUUAGUAGCCGGUGGAAACUGUAACGGAAAUAUGCGGCGAUAAAGUGAAAUACCUUUAUGACGCAAGAUCGACAACCUGUAUCUAAUUAAUAUGCAUUAUGCGUCUGAGUAUGAUAA